AUGACUCAAACUUUUGACUUUACAAAUCACUCGCAUAGACGCUAUAAUCCAUUGAACAACAGGUAUGUUCUUUGUUCUCCCCACCGAGCCAAAAGACCAUGGCAAGGUGCUAAAGAAGAAAUCAAAAAGACAUUAUUGCCCGAUUAUGAUCCUAAAUGCUACUUGUGCCCGGGCAAUAUUAGAGCCACUGGGGAUGUGAAUCCAAAUUAUGAAACAACCUACAUUUUUCCAAAUGACUACCCAGCAGUGAAAUUAGAUCAACCUGAUUACACUGAAGACGCCCAGAAGAACGGUUUAAAGAAGAAGCUUUUCAAAACACAAGGUGUCAAGGGCAAGUGCUUUGUCAUUUGUUUUUCUCCCAAACACAAUGUCACCAUACCGUUAAUGUCAAUUGAUGAGCUUACCACGGUGGUGAAUACUUGGCAAACGUUGUACAACGACCUUUUAUUGGAAACACAACAGAAAGUGGCACCUUACAAGUACUUGCAGAUUUUUGAAAACAAGGGAUUUGCAAUGGGGUGUUCCAACCCCCACCCUCAUGGACAAGCUUGGUGUUUGGAUGUUGUACCUACAGAAGUGGAAGACGAACUUAACAAUAUGGAAAAGUAUUACAAAGAAAACAGUUCACACUUGUUGGGCGAUUACGUCCAAUUGGAAAUGCAAGAAAAGGUUCGUAUUGUUGCUGAGAAUGACUCUUUUAUUGUGGUUGUGCCAUAUUGGGCAUUGUGGCCAUUUGAAACGUUGCUCAUUUCAAAGGAACAUUUGAAAUCUAUAAGAGAUUUCACCGACAAGCACAAAUACGAUUUAGCAUCAAUUUUGAAAACAUUGACCAUCAAGUAUGACAAUUUAUUCAAUACAUCAUUCCCGUAUUCAAUGGGCAUUCACCAAGAGCCGUUCGAGUGCUCGCAUGAGCAUCACGAAUGUGCCUGGUUUCAUAUGCAUUUUUAUCCGCCGUUGUUAAGAUCAGCUACAGUUAAAAAGUUUUGUGUUGGAUUCGAAAUGUUGGGGGAAGCUCAAAGGGAUUUGACUAGUGAGCAAGCUGCAGCAAGAUUACAAGAAUUGGAUGGUGAAAAGCAUUAUAUGGAGUUAGUAAAGUGA